AUGACUGCCGACAUCGAGAAACGCCCUCGGCGGUACGAGCUUGGGCCGGAUGACGGCGUACCUGUUCACGAUGGAGAGGACUACGCGCCUCCCAUCAUCGUAGCCAACAAAUUGAGCCGAAAAUUGUCUGCUCGUCAAGUGCAGAUGAUCGCCAUCGGCGGCACCAUUGGUACUGGUUUAUUUUUAGGAACGGGCAAUUCUCUAGCCAAAGGUGGUCCGGCAUCGAUGCUGAUUUCGUAUGCGAUUGUUGGUGCAAUUGUGUUUGUCACGAUGCUUGCAUUGGGGGAGAUGUCGGCUUUUAUCCCUGUUGCGGGAUCAUUUUGUACUUUUGCUGGUCGCUUCGUGGAUGAUGCUUUCGGUUUUGCGUUGACCUGGAAUUAUUGGUUCAACGAUGCCGUGUCAACCGCAUCCGAUCUUAUUGCGCUCCAGCUACUGUUGCAAUAUUGGACGGACAAUUUUCCUGGUUGGGCUAUUAGUCUGAUCUUUUUGUUUGUUGUCAUUGGGCUUAAUGUUAUCUCUGUGAGGGCCUACGGCGAGGCGGAAUACGUUCUCAGUAUUUUAAAAGUUGUUACGAUUGUGAUAUUCAUCAUCCUUGGGAUCGUAGUCAACUGCGGCGGAAACACCAGUCACCAAUAUAUCGGUGGGCAUAACUGGCAUAUCGGUGAUGCUCCUUUUGUUGGCGGUAUUGGAGGGUUCGCCUCGGUGUUUGUUACCGCUUCUUUUGCCUACGGAGGAACCGAAUCCAUUGCAGUGACAGCCGGAGAGACCAAAGAUCCAGCCAAAAAUCUACCUCGCGUUGUGCGCAACGUCUUUUGGAGAAUUUUGCUCUUCUAUAUCCUAGCAGUCUUGAUCAUCGGUCUCAACGUACCAUACAACUACCCGGGUCUGAGUUCCAAGAACAGCCACACCAGUCCAUUCACCAUUGUUUUCGAGCAGGCCGGAAGUAGUGUGGCUGGUAGUUUUAUCAAUGCGGUCGUCAUGACGAGUGUGAUUUCUGCAAGCAAUCAUGCCCUCUUUGCGGGCUCACGUUUACUCUACACUUUGGCUACUGAUGGGUACGCCCCGUCAUUCUUUGGCAGACUCAACCGACAGAGAGUCCCUUGGGUGGCGGUAUUGGCUACAUCGGUCAUUAGUGGACUCUGCUUUGGCGCAAGUUACAUUGGUGCCGGUCAGUUGUGGACAUGGUUACAAAACAUUGUCGGUGUUUCCAACCAACUUUCCUGGAUAGCCAUUUGCUUUGCCUCUCUUCGUUUCCGCGCCGCCGUCAAAAAGCAAGGUCUCGAACACCUCCUCCCUUUCAAGAACUGGACCUACCCCUGGGGCCCCCUCAUCGCCAUGCUUCUCAAUAUUGUCCUUGUCCUCGUCCAAGGCUGGUCAUCCUUCAGCCCUAGCUUUGCCGCCGUCGACUUUGUCAGCUACUAUAUCGAAAUUCCUGUCAUGAUUGUCAUGUACCUCUUUUGGAAGAUCCUGAAGCGUACACGGUUUGUCCGAUUGGAAGACAUGGAUCUUGUAUCUGAUCGGUUUGAUGGCGGAUUGAGUCAUGAGGAACGGACGCAAGUGUUGGAGAUUGCGCGUCGAAGUCCUUUUGCGCGUGGGCAGCCGUGGAAGGAGAGAAUCGGAGGAGUUGCUACGUAUCUGUUCUUCUAG